GAUUAGAGGUGGAGAGAACAUUUGCGUUAUAACUCUUUCGGGUUGGGAGAAAAUCGUACAGGCAUUUUUAUUGAGCACUAACGUUCAAACUCAAGCCCAGACGAGUGCCUUUAUUUAACAAAAGGUGACGCAGUUGCGAGUGGGAAUCAGGCGACCCAAGGGCAGCCCCGCCGUGCGGGAGGCCCCCGGCCCGCUUCCUCCUGUGAAGACGUAGCUGCGGGUGGCUGUGGUGGCGGUGACCAAGAUGUCGACCAAGAAUUUCCGAGUCAGUGACGGCGACUGGAUUUGCCCUGACAAAAAGUGUGGAAAUGUAAACUUUGCCCGAAGAACUAGCUGUAAUAGAUGUGGUCGAGAGAAGACAACUGAGGCUAAGAUGAUGAAAGCUGGGGGCACUGAAAUAGGAAAGACACUUGCAGAAAAGAGCCGAGGCCUAUUCAGUGCUAAUGACUGGCAGUGUAAAACUUGCAGCAAUGUAAAUUGGGCAAGAAGGUCAGAGUGUAACAUGUGUAAUACUCCGAAGUAUGCAAAGUUAGAAGAACGAACAGGAUAUGGUGGUGGUUUUAAUGAAAGAGAAAAUGUUGAAUAUAUAGAAAGAGAAGAAUCUGAUGGUGAAUAUGAUGAGUUUGGGCGUAAAAAGAAAAAAUACAGAGGGAAGGCAGUUGGUCCUGCAUCUAUUUUAAAGGAAGUUGAAGACAAAGAAUCUGAGGGUGAAGAAGAGGAUGAGGAUGAAGAUCUCUCUAAAUAUAAAUUAGAUGAGGAUGAGGAUGAAGAUGAUGCUGAUCUCUCAAAAUAUAAUCUUGAUGCCAGUGAAGAGGAAGAUAGUAGUAAAAAGAAAUCUAAUAGACGAAGUCGUUCAAAAUCUCGAUCUUCACAUUCACGAUCUUCAUCACGCUCAUCCUCCCCCUCAAGUUCAAGGUCUAGGUCCAGGUCCCGUUCAAGAAGUUCAUCCAGUUCACAGUCAAGGUCUCGUUCCAGUUCCAGAGAACGUUCGAGAUCUCGUGGGUCGAAAUCAAGAUCCAGCUCCAGGUCCACAGGGGCUCUUCUUCCCCACGAAAAAGAUCUUAUUCAAGUUCAUCAUCUUCUCCUGAGAGGAACAGAAAGCGAAGUCGUUCUAGAUCUUCUUCAUCUGGUGAUCGCAAAAAAAGACGAACAAGAUCACGGUCACCCGAAAGGCACCACAGGUCAUCUUCUGGAUCAUCCUAUUCUGGUUCCCGUUCGAGUUUGAAAAAGAAAUAAUGUAUUAAAAUUUACAUUUAAAAAACAAAAUACCAGUACAGUGCAUGAAACAUAUAUUUUAAGAAGUUGGUGUCUUACUUGGUCAGAAGUGCUGAAUCUGCUAGUAGAGGUGCAUGCCCUUCAUUGCUUUUCAAAAUAAUGCAACUGUGGGUUGUUUUUUGUUGUUUUCUUUCUUUUUUCCUUUUUCUCUUUUUUCUUUUCUUUCUUUCUUUUUUUUUUUUUUUUUGUGAAAUUAAAGAUAGUAUUUUAAGCCACAAUGUUCCAGAAUUGAUACUCUUGUUCAUUACUUCAGCCAUUCAUUUCAUUUACAACCAUCUCAGCUGAACUUCUGAUAUUAGACGAGACUGGUAAACCAUUGUUGAAAAUGGUUUUCCAUUAUUGGAAAUAGUCUAUGUCAACCUAUGUUUUAAAACAAAAUUAUCAGGAAAGGUUUAAACUGGUUGCAUAACAACCACUGGAAACUUAAAUCUGAAAUUCCCUAUACUAAGGCAUUGUCUUCUUUUAUCAUUUUCACUUUUUAUACCACUAUACGUAGUACAGAAAAGUCUUGUGAAUUGUAGAAAGAGAAAAUAUUGCUAGUUUCUCCCAUUUGACAUGUUUUUGAGCAAGAAUGUCUUAAAAGAGUUUACCUCUUAUACCACUGUGGUUACCUGAUGAAGUGAAAAUUCUUAUUUUGAAAUAUUUGAUAGAUUACAAAGAUUUUGUGUGAUAGUUUUUAAAAAUCCAUUUACCACGUAGGAUGGCAUGGACAAAUCUCAGUUAUAAUGAGGAACAAAGUGAGAAGCUUCUGAUUAUAAAAGAAAAAGAUCAAAACAGGCAUUGUGUAAUUUAUAUGAACAUUUGUUUUUUUAACACAAGACAUAAGUAUAAAUACUGUUCCUUUCACUUUAAAUUACUUAUGGCUUAAAAUACUUUCAGAAUUUUAUUCCCUAAAAUUAAAAUUUGUUCACUUAAGCUCCACUUUUGUCUCUGGUUUAAAAAUAAAAGAUUUCUCUUAACAGUGUCUUCAGUAACAAUGCAAGGUAAGUAUAUUAAGGGAAAUCUACAGUUGUGCUUGGGGACUCUUGUAAUUAGAAUCAGUACCCACUGAACCUUGUUUCUACUUUUUUCAUUUCAAAGUAGUAGACUGAACAAAAUAUUGUUUGCAUUUUUAAAUAAUUUUUUCUUCAACUGAUCUAAAGAUGAAAGGAAAAUAUCUUAUGUAGAAAUAUUUUGAUAAUAUUUUUACAAUGAACUUCCCUUUGGUUGCUUUUAAUUGUCUUAAUUACUAUUAUUUUCUUUGCUACGUUUACUGUACGUUGCACAAGAACUUUUACUGUCUUGUAAUUGUGCCUCAGACUUCUUGAAAGUCUGUCUACCUUCUAAAUUGCCCAGAUGAUAAAGACUCUACAUGUUACUGUUGGUUGAUUCUUGUGCUUUCUGCAUUUAAAACUUCGGCUGUACUUGAAAAAAAAAAUGCAAGGCUAUAAAUUUAGCUAUAGUUAAGAUUUAGAUUAUUAUGAUUUCAAUUGGUUUGACUAAACUGUACUAGUUCAUUUCAUAAGGAAGUGAUACUGUAGACAAAUGUAAAUAAAGCCUGUAAGCCAAGUGGUGUUUGUUAGAAAUAAAUUAGAAUUUCUAAA